GUGCCCUUCACGGACCUUCUGGAUGCGGCCAAGAGCGUGGUGAAGGCGUUGUUCCUCCGGGAGAAGUACAUGGGGUUGUCGCUGCAGAGCUUCUGCAAAACCACCGCCCGGUACCUGCAGGAGCUCUCCGAGAAACCCCUGGAGACCCGCGGCUACGAGGAGGUGCCCGAGACCCCGGUGGCAGCCGAUGCCCCCGUGCACCCCCCGUUCGCCGAGCAGCACCCCUACGAGACGUGGGACCCCCAGACCAUGCCGCCUGAUCUGGGCUUUGGGCUGAAGAUGGUGGACGGCGUGGUGCACGUCUACACCAAGCAGGACCUCACCGACAAGAGCACGGAGCUGGACCUGCCGUACCCCGACCUUCAGGAGUUCAUUGCCGACAUGAAUUUCCUCAUGGCUUUGAUCAUCAACGGGCCCAUCAAAUCCUUCUGCUACCGCCGGUUGCAGUACCUGAGCUCCAAGUUCCAGAUGCACGUGCUGCUCAACGAGAUGAAGGAGCUGGCGGCCCAGAAGAAGGUGCCCCACCGCGACUUCUACAACAUCCGCAAGGUGGACACCCACAUCCACGCCUCGUCCUGCAUGAACCAGAAGCAUCUCCUGCGCUUCAUCAAGCGGGCCAUGAAGAAGCACCUGGACGAAAUUGUCCACGUGGAGAAGGGCAAGGAGCAGACGCUCAAGGAGGUCUUCGAGACGAUGAACCUCACCGCUUAUGACCUGAGCGUGGACACGCUGGAUGUCCACGCGGACCGCAACACCUUCCACCGAUUUGACAAGUUCAACGCCAAGUACAACCCCAUCGGUGAGUCCAUUCUGCGGGAGAUCUUCAUCAAGACAGACAACCGCGUCUCGGGGAAGUACUUUGCCCACAUCAUCAAGGAGGUGAUGUCCGACCUGGAGGAGAGCAAGUACCAAAAUGCCGAGCUGCGGCUCUCCAUCUAUGGCCGCUCCCGGGACGAGUGGGACAAGCUGGCCCGUUGGGCCGUCAACCACCGCGUCCACUCCAACAACGUCCGCUGGCUCGUGCAGGUGCCUCGGCUCUUCGAUGUCUACCGGACGAAGAAGCAGUUGGCCAACUUCCAGGAGAUGCUGGAGAACAUCUUCCUGCCCCUCUACGAGGCCACCGUCCACCCUGCCCAACACCCGGAGUUGCACCUCUUCCUGGAGCACGUGGAUGGCUUCGACAGCGUGGAUGACGAAUCCAAACCAGAACAUCACAUCUUCAACCUGGACAGCCCUUUGCCGGGCAACUGGGUGGAGGAGGACAACCCACCCUACUCCUACUACCUGUACUACAUGUACGCCAACAUGACGGUGCUCAACCACCUCCGAAGGAAGAGAGGCUUCCACACCUUCGUCCUGCGUCCGCACUGCGGUGAGGCCGGUCCCAUCCAUCACCUCGUCUCGGGCUUCAUGGUCUCGGAGAACAUCUCCCACGGUUUGCUGCUCCGCAAGGCCCCCGUCCUGCAGUACCUCUACUACCUGGCGCAGAUCGGCAUCGCCAUGUCCCCGCUGAGCAACAACAAACAGCGCUGGUGCGGCCACCGGCCAAAUCCCGGCGAUGGGACGAUGGCGGUGGUGGCCAAGAGCAAGGCAACGGCCAACGGGCUCCGGAGGGAACCGCUGAUGGAGGAGUACAGCAUCGCCACCCAGGUCUGGAAGCUCAGCUCCUGCGACAUGUGCGAGCUGGCCCGUAACAGCGUCCUCAUGAGCGGCUUCUCCCACAAGGUGAAGAGCUACUGGUUGGGUCCCCACUACCUGAAGGAGGGUCCGGAGGGUAACGACAUCCGUCGUACCAACGUCCCCGACAUCCGCGUCAGCUACCGCUUCGAGACGCUGUGCCAGGAGCUGACCCUCAUCACGCAGGCGGUGCAGAGCGAGGAGCUGGAGACCAUCCAGGAGGAGGACGCUCUCACCAUCACCUCCACCCUGCUCACCUUCGUGGAUUUCUUGGCGUACGACGUGCUGGACCAGCACCGCAUGUUCGUCCCCGAGUGUCCCGAGUUUCAGGGCAACCUGGGCCGGUUCCUGCAGCGCUUUGAGGUGACCGGGGGGGGACACCCCGGGGUCACCGGCCACGUUCCCGACACCUCG